ACUGUAACCUCUUAAAAAAGUUACCAAAAAACAUUUUUGUUUACCGAUAUCAAAGCUUGAACUGGUUCUGUAAACAAAUAAUUUAUACAUCGAAUUCAAUUGAUAUUAUGUUGACGGCACAUAUCUCCACUUAAAACGAAACGUUUAGAUUAUACAACGACCUAAAACUUCCUAUCUAUCACCAUGGACCAAAUGCUUCCAAGCCCUGGGUUCAGCAUACCCAGUAUAGGAACACCAUUAACACCAUUACAUCAACCCGAAGAAGAUCAACUUAUUUUACCCAAUGCUCUACAGCAACAACAACAGCAGCCUAUUUCCCAGGUGCCACCUUUGGCCCCAAUGGGAGGCCUCACGCCUACCUUGGGAUUAGGCAUGGGAAUGUCAAUGAGCUCCACUAAAUAUGUGCCUGGAUAUGCAGCGAUGAACAGCCUUUCAUCACAGACUCCACAACACAGUAUGAUGUCACCAGUAGUAAAUUUGGGUGGAAGCAGUGGGCCAGGUGCUACCCCCAGUCAAAUGGGGCCGGCAACGCCAUCCCCUAUGACGCCAAUGACUCCACAUUCCGCCGACCCCGGCAUUGUUCCAGCUUUGCAGAACAUCGUGUCAACAGUAAAUCUGAACUGCAAACUGGACCUUAAAAAAAUUGCCUUACACGCACGUAACGCCGAAUACAAUCCAAAACGUUUCGCCGCCGUGAUAAUGAGAAUUCGGGAGCCCCGUACCACUGCCUUGAUUUUCUCAUCGGGCAAAAUGGUUUGUACAGGUGCCAAAAGCGAAGAAGAUUCCCGUCUGGCUGCGAGGAAGUACGCCAGGAUCAUCCAGAAGCUCGGCUUCAAUGCGAAAUUCUUGGAUUUCAAGAUACAGAAUAUGGUUGGCAGUUGUGAUGUCAAAUUUCCCAUUAGAUUGGAGGGACUGGUGCUAACGCACAGUUCUUUCAGCUCUUACGAACCUGAGUUGUUUCCCGGACUGAUUUACCGUAUGGUCAAGCCGAGGAUUGUGCUUUUAAUUUUCGUUUCCGGUAAAGUUGUUCUGACCGGUGCGAAAGUGCGACAAGAAAUAUAUGAGGCAUUUGAUAAUAUUUAUCCUAUUUUGAAAAGUUUUAAGAAGCAGUGACAUUUGAGAAUACUUGUUUUUGUUACGUAUUUAGAUGAGGAACCUAAGAUAAUUUUUUAAAAGUUUUGUUGUACACUACGGGUAUAAGAAUUAAAUCCCGAUUAAAAAAUGUGUUUGUUUAGUAUUGAAAUAAUUUAAGAGUGUUAUUUAUUUAUUAUUCAUUGCGAAAACAAUCAAAACCGAAUGUAACGUAUGAACUUAAAGGACAAUGGUCUUACAAAAGAUCUUAAUAAAGACAAACUGAAUAAAUACACUUUAAUUACUG